GCAAACAUAGGUUCUUAAAAGAAGCGGAAACUACAUUCAAACACAUUUCUGGAUCUUCAUAUUGGACUAUAUUUUCUUGCAUUUGCAAUCCUGCUGAGCUGACAUUGAUAUACUGAUCUUUUUAAAUCCCCAGCAGAAAAGAAGCAGUGAGUGUGAAAGUGAAAGUAAAGUGAGCAGCAGGGGAAAACCAUCCUCUUCUAAAAUUAUCUUUCACCCUGUUCCCUGAUAGAAGAGAGGAGAGGGACCAUCAUGGACAAGUUUUACUCUAUUUAUCUACUUUCCCUGCUUGCUUUCGCCUGCUUCUUUCAAGUCUACAGCAGCAGCUGUCCAGUGUUGGAGUGCUGGUUUAUGCUGGACAAAGCGGGUGGAGGACUAGCUGGAGCUCCAAAGCGGGAAAAAUCCCUCUUUUAUAUCCAAAGAGACGCACACAGCCACAGAGCAGAGCCUCAACGUUCUCCACCUGACAUCAACCCAGAAAGAAUCUACCCUGUCAGCGACCCAGCAGCCACUCUCUGCCACAAAUCUCUCAACCCUCCCAGAGGCUCUGUGGAGAAGCCCCAGUGUGAGAUCAACUCCUUCGUGCCCCAGGCCGCCUCCCUGAAAUGGACCGAACCGCUCACAGAGUCUGCCCUCAGCCCCGUUUACCUGCAGGCUGACUGGCUGUCAGUUGCCUAUCAGGGCCUUCAUGCACAGCUGGGUGGCGCCACAAUCCUGCGAGCACCCACAGGAUCCAAAGAGAACAAUGUGGUCCUGAGCGUGAGCAGUAAAACUCUGUCGGUCACGUCCAGACUCGGGGAACCGGUGCUGCUGGACUGCGGCUUCUGGGCCGAUCCUUCCUCGCCUCUGUCCGGGACGGGUUUUGCGGUGGAGUGGCGGUACCAGUUCAGGGGCAGCGGACGACUCGUGCUGGCCUACGACGGCAAGACGGACCGUGUGACCGAGACCCGCGAGGGAGAAGCCACUCUGGACUUUGAGGCUUUGCAGGAGAAAGGCAAUGCGUCCCUGAUCCUGCGGGAGGCGGAGGUGCGGCACUCUGGGACAUAUAUCUGCACGGUGUACCUGCCGUACCUGCUGGCUCAGGUGGCGGUGGAGCUGGAGAUCAUAGAACCCCCCUCCCUGACCUUACAGCCCUCCCCUCUGGCCCUCGUUGUCCCGGGUCAGGCUCUCAGCGUGCAGUGCGACGCGUCCGGCUUCGCCCCGCUCUCCCUGGAGCUGAGCUGGGAGUUUCAGGGUGCUGACGGGAAGCGCAGGCCCCUGGGAUCGGGCAGCGUGACGGGCCACAGGCAGGCCUGGGACGGCACCUACAGCCAGAGCAGCCGGCUGGAGCUCCACACGUCCCAGCUGGACCUGGGCAAAGGAGGGGAGCUGAUGUGUGUGGCGGUCCAUCCUGGAGGCACGGCGCGGGCCAGUGUCAACCUCAGUGUCAUUGGGUUCUCUUCUCCCUCCAUCGAGGACUCCAUGGCCAUGGUUGGCGUGGCGCUCCUGAUCUUCGGCCUCAUCAAGGUUGUGUGGUGGACCGUGAGCGGCUCAGGCUCAGCUGACGCUGACAAACUCGAUCAGAAAGACAAGUGAAGAUGGAAAGUCAUCAAAUUGAAAACAACAUUUGAAGGAGCUUCAUCGGAGGCUGUCGGAGCCUCGCUGCUCAUUUUGUCCUCCAAGAUGCUGCUGGAGGCUGUUGGGGACUUUUUUCUAAUAAAUGUUUCUGGGAGUGGUACCGUG